GACUCUCUUCACAAACUCAAGGAUCCACAUGCAAUUUCUCAAAGAAAAUGUAUCUUCUAUUUUUCAUGAUCAAGAACUAAAAGUAAAAAUGUAAGUAAAGCAUUAUGUCUUUCAUUGGAGCACAACAAAAGUGCAAGGCUUGUGACAACGGUGUACCCAGUUGAUCAACCAUCAGCUGAUGCCAUUGCUUACCAUAAAGCUUCAUUACUGUAAGCCUUAUUAUGAGCAUCUCUUCAAGGAGACAGGAACUUUCAAACAGAACUUCCAAUCACGUAUGUUUCUUAUUUCCAAGAUUGAGACAAGAUCCCCUAGUAAGGCAGCUGGUAUGCUUUCUGGGACGCAAGAAAAAUGUGCAACAUGUGCUAAAAUUGCGUAUCCAUUGGAGAAGAUGUCCAAUAACAACAUCCAAUGAUGCAGCACUUGAGGUUGUCUUGUACUGCAAGCACCAUUUCUCGCAGCUUUUUAAGGAAAGGGAGCUAUAAUCAUCUCAAUAAGUCUGCAUCAAUAAAAUGGGCACCAACAUCUACUCCACAUUUAUGAACCUUGCUGCUUUGCAUUACUUUCCCUUAUGAAAAAGGAUCCCAGUCUCUGGAGGGUUUCCAUGUGUGUUUUUUAAUGGUUAUUCCAUCAUAUGACUUGGGUGUA